AUGAGUCCCCACGAGCCUAUCCCACGGGCUUUAAACGCGAAUAUUGAUAUCGCCAGAAACAGUGAUGCUGCCACCGUCAAACCCGCCGUUCGAAUUCAUUCCCCGGACCUCCGGUUUGAGAGUAUUCUGAAUUUCCGGGAUGGUGAUGAGAGAGGGUGUUUUAUUCCGAAGCGCAAGGAAGCAGACCGCCACCGUUUAGCAGAGGAGCUCCAUCUAGCUUCCGUGAUAGAUCUCAGGUCAACCACAGAGCAUAAUAUUGCUGCCAACAGACACCUGGCUUCUCAGCCGAGCAGGCCGAACAGGCCGAAAGAUGGGCCCACGCCAGUUGUUCAAACCCAGCCCACAGCGAACGAUGAACACCUCGUCCAGCUCCCCGGCGUGCGCCGGAUUAUGAUCAGUCUGGCGGGCUGGGGUCUGGAGAAGCUAUUGCUGUGGCGCCUGAGUUGGUUCAACUUGCUAAAGGCCAUCGUCCUGCUCGCGUCCGGUUACCGCAACGCCGCCACAAAGCUCGUGGUCGAGCAGGCCAUGGUGCCCCGCGGCCUCAAGGGGCUGGCGCACGAUACGCUCACAGCCAGCCAGGCUGAGAUCAAGGAACUGUUCGAACACCUGGGCAACCCUGCGGUGUACCCGACACUCGUGCACUGCACGCAGGGCAAGGACCGGACCGGAUUGGUUGUAAUCCUGCUAUUGUUAUUGGCCGGGUCUCCUGCUGGAGAGGAUGGGGGGAAGAGGGAGAGGAUGGGGGAUGGGGAUGGCAGGAAGAGUAACAACGACGACGACAGCGACGACGACGACGACAGCGACAGUAAUAAUAAUAACAACACUGGGGAGGGAUUAGGUGGUGAUGGGGGUAGAUAUGGACACGUCCAGGGGGACAUUUCCAAGUUGGGUCCCGAUGCAGACACAGCUCCAGCUCCAGCUCCAGCUGCAGAUCCAGAUACAGGCACAGGCACAGGCACAGGCACAAGCCCCCAAAUCCCUCUCUCGGCAAUAGCAAGCGACUACCGAAAGUCGGAGGGCGAGCUGCUUCCGGAGCUGCAGGAGCGGCUCGCGGAGAUGCGCGCCAUUGGCAUGCCGGAGGAAUAUGCGACGUGCCCGGAUGGGUUUACGGAGGACGUCGUGCGGUUCUUGGAGGAAGGGUAUGGUGGGAUUCGAGGAUAUUUGAGAGCUGUUGGGGUGGAUGAUGGCGUUGUGGAGAGGGUUAGGGGGUUGCUUGUGGCGUGA